AGAUCCACGCGCUCACCCUCCGUCUUAACACACCCACUCACACUUCACGAGCACUCCUCGUUCUUACAGACCCGUUUCGCCUUCCCACAACCACCACCACCACCACCGAUCAUGUCCACCCCGUUCCUUAAGGCCCUCGAGCAGCGCCGCAGCAUCUACAGCCUUGGCAGCAAGCUGCCCAAGAGCAAGAAGGAGGUGACGGAGACGAUUAAGACUGCGAUCCGCGACUGUCCUUCAUCCUUCAACGUGCAGAGCUCGCGCGCGGUGAUCCUGUACGGGGCGGAGCAUGCGAAGGUGUGGGAGAUCGUGAAGGCUGCGCUAAAAAAGGUGAUGAGCGCGGAGCAGUACGCGGCAAGCGAGGCGAAGGUGAACGGGUGCUUCCUCGCCGGUGCGGGCACGGUGCUGUUCUACGAGGACACCGCGGCUGUCAAGGGGCAGCAGGCGGCCUUCCCGUUGUACGCGGCGAACUUCCCCACGUGGUCGCAGCACUCGUCCGCGAUUGCGCAGUUCGCGGUGUGGACGGCGCUGGCGCAGGACGGCAUCGGCGCGUCGCUGCAGCACUACAACGAGCUGAUCGAGGCGGAGCUGCGUACCGCUUUCGGCGUGCCCGCAGAGUGGCAGCUAGUGGCGCAGAUGCCGUUUGGCUCGAUCGAGAAGCCGGCGGACGCGAAGACGUACAUGGCGGACGAGAAGCGCUUCACCGUUCGUGGCGUUGACAGCAAGCUGUAA